UGCCCCAUCAUUGGUGUCAGUGGGGGGAGGAAUAGUGCCCCAUCAUUGGUGUCAGUGGGGGGAGGAAUAGUGCCCCAUCCUUGGUGUCAGUGGGGGGAGGAAGAGUGCCCCAUCCUUGGUGUCAGUGGGGGGAGGAAUAGUGCCCCAUCCUUGGUGUCAGUGGGGGAGGAAUUGUGCCCC